AUGGGCCUGCUGGAUGUCAUCGCCUCCAUUAGAGACCGAGCCGACAAGUUUCUCAAUGAGAAAAAUCUGGUGACGGACUUUCUGGGGAAGUUAGAGGAGAAAAGUGGGAUCAAGAAGAAGAUCAUUGCAGUAGGUGCCGUCUCACUGACUGGACUCUACCUGGUGUACGGAUAUGGUGCCGCCCUCCUCUGCAACCUGAUCGGUUUUGUUUAUCCAGCGUAUUAUUCAGUCAAAGCCAUUGAAAGUUUAAGCAAAGAAGAUGACACAAAAUGGCUGACCUACUGGGUGGUGUAUGGCGUCUUCAGCCUGGGCGAGUUCUUCUCCGACAUUUUCCUCUACUGGUUCCCCUUCUACUACGCUUUUAAGUGUCUCUUCCUGUUGUGGUGCAUGGCCCCGAUGUCGUGGAACGGCUCCCAGAUCAUCUACGACAAAGUGGUUCGUCCCAUCUUCCUCCGCCACGAGGCCACGGUGGACAACAUGGUCAGUGACCUCAGCGGGAAGGCCAUGAGCGCCGCCGAGAACCUGACCAGAGAAGUCCUGACCACGCUGGUGAAAAAUAAAAGCCUGGUGACUCCGCUGGCAACGGUUACUCAGUCUGAACCUAGAAGUUUACCAAGUUCAUCAGGAGAAACAUCAACAGCUAAAAUAGCUCCAUCUCAACCGAGCGAAGAUCGCAUAGUAUGUGAACCAUAG